AUGUCAGUGAGUAUGAACUACGAAGAUACCGGGACUUAUACAGGCGAUAGCUUUUCGGAAGAUGCUCAUCAUGGUAGCGUUAACACGACGAGUGGACAGCUGAACUCACAUCGUCACGAUCAAGUUGAAACCCACACGAACAAUUUUUGUCCGAUACCAGCAUUUUUUCAGACCCUUCGUGGCCCUUCCGUCCCUUAUUCCGCAGCAAGUGAUGAUUCGACUAAUAAUUCUCAAUUUGUGUGCGACCCAACACUAGAUGGAUCUAGAUCGACAAGUCAAUCUGCAAACCCAGUCUCAUACUCAAGAUUUCCUACCUUCCGCCUCUAUGAAUACUAUGAAUUAUGA